AUGACUAGGAAGAGCAGAGGCUGCUGGUGCCUACAGCGGCUGCCUCUCUUGCUGUUUCUCAGCCUAUGCUUUUUCUGGGUAGCCCCUUCUCUGGGUAAACCCAGAGGUCAGGGUCACCCCCACAUGAACUCUAUCCGGAUUGACGGGGACAUCACUCUGGGUGGCCUGUUCCCAGUCCACGGAAGGGGCUCCGAGGGUAAAGCCUGUGGGGAACUUAAGAAAGAGAAAGGCAUUCACCGGUUGGAGGCCAUGCUAUUUGCCCUGGACCGUAUCAAUAACGACCCUGACCUGUUACCCAACAUCACACUGGGUGCCCGCAUCCUGGACACGUGCUCCAGGGAUACUCAUGCCCUAGAGCAGUCAUUGACUUUUGUGCAGGCGCUAAUUGAAAAGGAUGGCACUGAGGUGCGCUGUGUCAACGGAGGGCCACCCAUCAUCACCAAGCCUGAGCGUGUGGUGGGUGUCAUCGGGGCUUCAGGAAGUUCAGUCUCCAUUAUGGUGGCCAACAUCCUUCGCCUCUUCAAGAUACCUCAGAUCAGCUACGCAUCCACAGCUCCUGACCUGAGUGACAACAGCCGUUAUGACUUCUUCUCCCGGGUGGUGCCUUCGGACACAUACCAGGCUCAGGCUAUGGUGGACAUCGUCCGUGCACUCAAAUGGAACUACGUGUCCACACUGGCCUCAGAGGGCAGCUAUGGCGAGAGCGGGGUGGAAGCCUUCAUCCAGAAGUCCCGUGAGGAUGGAGGAGUAUGUAUAGCCCAGUCAGUGAAGAUCCCCAGGGAGCCGAAGCCAGGAGAAUUUGACAAAAUCAUUCGUCGCCUGCUAGAGACCUCCAAUGCCAGGGCAGUCAUCAUCUUUGCCAAUGAGGAUGACAUCAGGCGGGUGUUGGAGGCAGCCAGGAAGGCCAAUCAGACAGGCCACUUCAUCUGGAUGGGCUCAGACAGUUGGGGCUCCAAGAUCUCACCAGUGCUGCACUUGGAAGAGGUGGCUGAAGGUGCCGUCACGAUCCUCCCCAAGAGAAUGUCUGUGAGAGGUUUCGACCGUUACUUCUCCAGCCGGACCCUGGACAACAAUCGGAGAAAUAUCUGGUUUGCUGAGUUCUGGGAAGACAACUUCCACUGUAAACUGAGUCGGCAUGCCCUGAAGAAGGGCAGUCACAUCAAAAAAUGCACUAAUCGAGAGCGCAUUGGGCAGGAUUCAUCCUAUGAGCAGGAGGGGAAGGUGCAGUUUGUGAUCGACGCCGUCUAUGCCAUGGGCCAUGCCCUGCACGCCAUGCAUCGGGACCUGUGCCCUGGCAGGGUGGGCCUCUGCCCCCGCAUGGACCCCGUGGAUGGCGUGGAGCUGCUUAAGUACAUUCGCAACGUCAAUUUUUCAGGUAUUGCUGGGACUCCGGUCACGUUCAAUGAGAAUGGAGAUGCCCCGGGGCGCUAUGACAUCUACCAGUAUCAGAUUCGGAACGCAACCCCCGAGUACAGAGUCAUCGGCUCCUGGACAGACCACCUGCACCUCAAACGAUUAAAAUUUAAAGCCCCAUCAAAACGUUUGCUUGCACACCCGGGUUCCUCCCAGAUUGAAUUAUUUAAUAGACUGAAUGACACCUGCAAGCGCACUCAGAUGCGCCUCCAGACUCAGUGA